AUGAGUUCCUCGUCAGUCCAGAGUGUUCAUAGUCGUGGGUUUCGUCGGAAAUUGCAGAAGAUUUUCUCCAGAAAAUCCAAAAAAGACGGCCGACUUCUGGAUACCGCGUCCGAGUCCGCUUCCUCUUCAGAAUACAGAGUUCUCCACUGUCGGGCGAUGAAAGAUCAGGACGAAAAAGAGAUUACAGACAAGAAGAAGGAAAAUGAUGGCAAUAGCGAUGAUGGUAAGUCGAAAUUUGGACAAAAUUUAUAUUAUUUUAGACAGUUUUUGUCAUCAAAAAUUUUUGUUUUUUCUUCGAUUUUUUCGGUUGAUUGCAUAGCAUAUGAUUUGUAUAGACUAUUGAAAGACUUAUGAAGAGCUGUUAUCUUUGUUUAUUCGAGACGGAUCUGCCCUAAAUUCCAAAAAAUCGGAAGAAAAACUUUGAAUAUUUUGCAUUCUUUAAAGAGUACUUUGAGGCGUUCAACUCUGUAAAAUAGUGUUAUUUAUUAUGAGUUUGGAGUUAACGGUUGUUCCGACAGGUAAAAUAUGCACAAAAAUUUGCAAAAAAAAUCGAUUUUUUGUACAAAAAAAGAUGAUUUUAGACUAUUUUUGUACAGAAAAUGAUGAUUUUCGACCACUUUGUGUACAAAAAUGGUAAUUUUAGGCCACUUUUUGUACAAAAAAAAAGAUUUUAGGUCAUUUUUGUAAAUACAAAAAAGAUGAUUUAAACCUUUUUUUGUAAAAAAAGAUGAUUUUAGAUACUUUUUAUACAAAAAUGAUGGGUUUAGACCAUUUUUGUACAAAAAAAGAUGAUUUUAGCCCAUUUUUUGUACAAAAAUUACGAUUUUAGACCAUUUUUUGUAUAAAAAAUGAUGAUUUUAGGCCAUUUUUGUAUAGAAAAAAUGAAAUGUCCUGUUCCAUGCCCUGACGCGUUUACUGAGUAAUAUUCUUUGCAGACGAAUCCUCUUCCGACCCCUCUUCGCCUCGCUCCAGCUCCUCCAACGACGAAGGUCUGGUGCUGUCGGAGAAGCCGGCGGAUCCCAACAAAAAGCGGGCCGACUACCUUUCCUGGGACGAAUUCUUCAUUGGGGUGGCGUUGCUGGCCGCCCAACGCUCCAAAGAUCCCUCAACGCAAGUCGGCGCCGUCAUUGUGGAUGACAAUAAUAUCAUCGUCGGAGUGGGCUACAACGGAAUGCCCCGAGGCUGUGAUGAUGAUGACAUGCCCUGGGGCAAAAAUGAGGAGGAUCCGUUGAAGAACAAGUACUAUUACGUGUGCCAUGCGGAGAUGAAUGCGAUUGUGAACAAGAAGAGUGCGAUCCGGGACGCCAAAAUCUACGUGACCCUCUUCCCUUGCAACGAAUGUGCCAAACUUAUCAUCCAAUGUGGGAUCAAGAAAGUGGUCUAUAUGAAGGAUAAGCCACAGAAGAACGAAAUGAAAGCAUCUAAACUACUUUUUAGCAAGUCUAAGGUCGAAUAUCAGUAAGUUUUUUGAAUUUGAGGCCCCUUUUUAUAUUACACAUGGCAUUUGGUGUCCCAAAAAGGCCUAAAACACAAGAGUUUUCCUUCUCAUUUUUUAAAAUACAUAUUUUUCAGACAUUACCGACCAACCCGAUCAAAUGUCGUCCUACAUUUCGAUUAA